CGAAAGUUCCUGGUACGCGAACUUGUUUAUUUCAAAGCCUUUCUGGCUUAGUUGGAGCGAGAUUCUUCUCGAUAGGCAUAAUUCUCAUGCCAGAUGGAUCUGACCGUCUGCUAUCACUGGAUUCCGUGAGCAAACAGCUCACGUAUUGGAAGACAUGGCUGUGGCUCUCGGUGAGUUUCGCGUGACGCGGAAUCUACCUCGCAAAGACUACCUGGCACUUAACAACGGGCUCGACAGGUCGAUUUCGCCUUGCUCGCCGGUCCUUGAGCAAAGCACUGUCUCAGACACGGCAGAAUACGAUGACGGUGAGGGGCCACUGCCAGCCGAGUCGGUCUCGCAGGUGUCCGGUGGCUUCCCAACGGUUCUCACAUCAGAAUCUGAGGAACUUUGUCUGUCGACAGGCCCCAGCGUUGUAGAGUCCGCGAUGAAGAGGCGAAAAAUGCAUACUAGCUGGACUCAAGACCAUUUUUGGAUUACCGAGCUUGACGCGCAGUGGAGCAAAAGAGGCCGACUUCCACAGAAUGACCGC